AUGCCUAUGUCAGUGGCCGACUCCGAUUUCUCGGAAUCAACGUCAUCGUUCGAGAUGGGCGCUGAGGAGAUCUCACUGCCACACUUCGUCAAGUCUGCGACAAGCGGAAAACUUGCCAAGAUCUUCGGCAGCAUGUCCGUCUGGUCGUCUGCGGACUCCAAUAUAAGCAGUGACUCAGACAGCGCUGACAGCUUCGACUUCAUCGACAAAUCUACUUUUGUUCGGGAGGUCCUCACCGAUCUAUGCGACGGUGUCACCAACCCCGACGAAAAUCAAACUCCAAAAUAUCAUCAAUCCGCCUUAAAGACCAUCCCCAUUACCUGGCCGUUUGCCGUAUGGGGCUUGGAUAUGGUGGGCCCAUUCAAAACAGCCCGAGGCGGCAUGACUCAUCUCUUGGUGAUGAUCGACAAAUUCACUAAGUGGAUUGAAGCCAAACCAAUCAAGAAGCUGGACGGCUCCACAGCCGUCACAUUCCUCAAGGAGAUAAUCGUGAGAUACGGCUACCCCCAUAGCAUCAUCACCGACAAUGGCAGCAACUUCGCCGAAGGCAUCUUCAAACGCUAUUGCGGGGAGAUGGGGAUCCGAAUGGACCUAUCGUCCGUGGCGCAUCCGGAGUCAAACGGCCAAGUGGAGAAGGCAAACGGCCUGAUCCUAGCCGGCAUCCGGCCCCGGCUGGUGGAGCCGCUUGAGCGCUCAGCCGGCUGCUGGAUUGAAGAGCUGCCCAGCGUACUGUGGAGCCUGCGCACGACGCCAAACCGCUCAGUCGGCUUCACACCCUUCUUCCUCGUAUACGGGGCCGAAGCCAUCCUGCCAACUGACAUCGAGCACGACGCGCCAAGGAUCAAGCUAUACACAGAAGCUGAAGCCAAAGAAGCUCGUGAAGAUGGAGUCGACCUGGUCGAAGAGGUCCGGCUGAUGGCCGAGUCCAGGUCUACCGUAUACCAGCAAAGCCUCCGACGCUAUCACAGCCGGAAGGUCCAGUCCUUAGCAUUCCGAGAAGGAGACCUAGUGCUCCGGCUGAUC